AUGUCGGCCAAUUUGAGUGGAUCUACUCCUCCUCCAAUGCAAUCGUCGUUGCGUAGCCCGGUUCUACCGACACGUACCUCACCACUUGAGAAGUUCGUAAUAUCUCUGGCAAAGCCAUCCUAUCGCGCUACGAAGAUCAAAUGGACUGGAACUAUGUAUCAAGUUUUGUUUGACACUUUGAUUGAGCAAAUUGCGCUAGGUAGAAAUGGAGAUAAUGGCUUCAAACGAGAAGCAUAUCAAGCGGUCGCCGACGCGGUCCAUAGACGUACACAGAUACUUCUUACCUGGCAAAAUGUUCAAAAUAAAUUGAGGUAUCACAAGAGGGAGUACGGUGAUAUAAAGGACAUGCUGGCUGCGAGUGGUUUCGGUUGGGACAGUGAGCGCAUGGUGGUGAUGGCCCCAGACGAGGUUUGGGAGGAAUAUUUAAAGUCUUAUCCACGAGCUGAGAGGUUACGUGGCAAGCGAAUUGAACGGAUGGAUGAUUUAUCGGUGAUUGUCAGGUCAGACCAGGUGACGAGCAGAUAUGCGUAAGGAAGUUGGAACAUUGCGGCAUCCGCGUCUCGUGUUUAUAUAGACUUGAAUGAUUCGUGGAGAGAGCUGGACGAUGAUACAGAUGCUAUCGUGGACCUAUCUGAGGAAAACCUCGAUAAAUCACCUGGCAUAUAUGGCCGAUCAACGGACAGUCAAACAAGGGAAAAUAGGCCGUUUUAGGACACACCCAUUCGUAGAACCGAUUCCGAUAGUAGUCAUAGUGGAAGUGCAACAACAAAAAGGAUGCGACCUGCUCGACCAUGUGAUGUCAUAGGCUUAUCUCUCACGAGUGUCACAGAGACAAUGCAUAACUUCUCUGUUAGAAAGGAUGUCAACCGAACGCGAUGUGUCUUAGACAUACUGGAAGAGGUUCAGGGGCUAACCAAUGCUGAAUUUAUUGAGGUUGGUCAGCUCUUGAAUAAAGACGAGAAGCUUGCCUCCUUUUUUGUUGCCCUACGGCCGGAUCGUCGCGUUGAUUGGCUUAAGAAAACUCUGGACGAUUUGAAGGGUAAUGACGGUGGUGGUUCUGCUUGAUGGUUGCUGAUCUUUGGGGUUUAAAAACUUUGAAUGUUGGGUACCGUUCAUAUGGUGAUUCAGGUGGAGAACAGUUGGCAGAAGAAAUUCUUUUAUUUUGGAUGGUUUAAGUUUUUUUUUUUUUUUGGG